UACAUGCAGCCAACCUCAUCGGCGCGCCGUGCUUCUUUCCACCGCCCAGCGUUGGUUAGUUGACGUUGGCAAAACCGGAUAGCUAACGGUGCACUCCACACGCACACGCUUGGAUUCCGCUCUUGGAUUGCACCAUCUUCUUGCGUGAUUGCAGUAUCGCGAGUGACUAAAAAUAAAGCGUGCGCGUCUUUUGUUUGGUGAUGAGCCACUAGCUCCCAGACAGUGCGCCAGAAAAUAUGUCGCAGCUGCUCGACUACGUGCUGAAAGGCGGCGACGCCGCCAACGACGACCUCAACAUGGACAUCAACAAUAUGGACUUCAAUUUUGAUGCGCCUGACAUGAUGACAUCAGAAUUCUUUGAUUCUGUCAUGUCUCUGGAAAAAGACAACUUCCUGGAAGUGAUUGAUGAUAAAAUGCGCUUCUUCAAUGAUGAUCUACUGAAAGACGACGCCAGUUUUGCAGAAAGCACCUCCGGAAUAGAAUCACCCUCCACCUCACCCUCCUCAACCCACCACAACAGUCCUCGGACAGAUAGCGACAUCGGCUCUAAUGACAGCGAUAACUUUCACGAGCAAAUUACACUUUUCGGUAGUCAGGCGAGCGAAACGCUUACCAGCGAUGAUUAUUACAGCUUCAUUGAUCAGGCGUCCAUGCAAAACGAGCACCUGCAGCAGUUUAUUGCGGACACCGUCGUGCACACCCCCGUGGUCAACAAUGUCGCCCACAAGUUGAUCAAGAGGGUUGCCCCGUCGGUGAACAACACACAGCAACCUGCUAAGAAGUUUAUUGUUACGAAAUCAUCUCAAGAUAUUCCUUUAAUGGGACCGAAUGCAAAAACAAACAAAAUCAUCAACAAUGGAAAGAAUCAAGUGAUUAGGGUACAAGCAGGCGGGCGAUCGUUAUUAUUACCCGUCAAUGUGAAAGACAUCAAGAAGUUGAAGGUGAUUAGAGCUAACGAGCUCAACAUGGAGGCGUUGAAGUUCAUCCCUGCACAGGCCAAGCCCGUGUUUAAAAAAGUGUCCCAGUAUGCUGCGUCCACGAGUUCAGAGUCUGUAGAUGAUGAUAUUGAUCUGGAUCAACCAAUACCCAUGGAUGGAAACAACUAUCCUGCUUUGGAGUUGACCGGCGAAGAAAAACGCCUCCUUAUGAAGGAAGGCAUCAAGCUCCCAACUCACUACCCGCUUACGAAAUACGAAGAGAAGGAGUUGAAGCGCAUCCGGCGCAAAAUCCGCAAUAAAAUCUCCGCGCAAGAUUCCCGCAAACGUAAGAAGGAAUACGUUGAUCAGUUGGAGGAAAAAGCCCGCAAAACCGACGAGGAAAACGAGCUCCUCAAGAGUAAAGUGAAGAAUCUAAACAGGGAGAACACUAAACUCUCAGAGCAGUUGAAAAAAUUGCAGGAAUUAUUAUGCAGUGGUUCGAGUAAAGCUACACCGACCACGUGUCUAAUGAUUGUGCUCUUCUCCACGCUCCUCGUGUGCCUGCCGAAUCUGCGCACCGCCGAAAACAAAGACCUCGAGGUGGGCGAGCAACAAAUGAUGGCCGCACGGAGGGCGUUGCUGUUUAACCCCACGAAGGAAGAAGAAGACCAAGUGAAUAUGGAUGAGUUCAUUGUUUUCAACAAGGAGGAAGCCGAGGCGCGCUUCGAGGAAAUCGCCGCCGCCGAGGAGAAGGACAACGGCACCGCUGCGUUUGUCAAGUAUCUCGGAGACUUGUCUGCUAAGUACGAGUCGAUCAUACGAUCGAAUUGUACGGAGAUACUGCAGGGUGGGUCGCUGCAGGACUUCUGUAAGCGACACGAGGAUGAGUUUAAACAAGCGUUGCAGGAUUUACGUUUGUUCCUCGAUCGGAAUAAAGGUGUCACUGGCGGGGGAUUGGCCCCCGGUGGGGAUGUGCGGAAAUUUAUCGAGCCGGAUAUAUCCGACGACGAGGAGGACUCGGGUCAUCCGCCAAGCAAACGAACACGCUUGGAUUUUGACACGUUUCAGAAUGAAAUCAACUCCGUCAAAGAGAUUAAGCUGGAAGCCGAGAUGGCGCUGCCGUCUAAAAGAGAAUAGAAUGGAAUGAAAGUAAAGCGCGCCGGGGGGUGCAAUUGCAUGAUGAAAUAACAUUCGUUAAAUGUUAAUGUUUGAACUUUGUUUCCUUUGUGAAAGGGUUUUAUGUAUUUUAUUACUUUUUAGUAGACCAGAGAUUUAUAUUUGCAUUUUAUGAGAUUGAUUAUGAGCGUUAGGAUACGAUAUGACUUUUUAGGGGGACGCCCAGGUUGGAGUUUUGUAAUAUGAUGCGAAUGUACCUAAUGUCCUAUAGGCCAACCGGUUGGUCGAUCUAUCUAAAAUCGUAUUGUAAAUAAUUUUAGUGAAUUUAGUUCGAGUAAGGCAGGAUGAUGAUGAUGAUAACAUGAGCAGUCACGAGCACUAUUUGCGAUUACUGUACACUAUGUUAACUUUUAAUUACAAACGUACUUGUAUCUUGAA